CUCGAGGAGCGCGAGGAUCCACCCGAAGUCAUGAUGGAGCACGUGGCGGUAUUGGUUGAGCUGAUUCGUCAGCGUGGGACCUUCGUCAUGCACACGGGAGCGGGGUUCUCCACAGCGGCCGCGAUCCCCGACUUUCGAGGCAGGGACGGCAUAUGGACGCAGCAGGCGAAGGGACGCGCGGUGCCCAUGCCGCGGUUCGAGAACACCAAACCGACCAAGGCGCACCUCGCCGCGGUCGCGCUCCACGACGCCGGGUACCUCACGCACGUCGUGACCCAGAACGUGGACGGCUUGCAUCAACGAGCGGGCAUGCCCCAACACGCGGUGUCCGAGCUGCAUGGCUCCGUGUUUCGCGAGCUGUGCCGGAACGAACACUGCCCGAUGGGCCCGACGCCCCGCGACCGUACCUAUCACCGCGCGUUCGACGUCACCUCCACCAAGCGACACAACGGCCGGCACAGGCACAGGACCGGCCGCCGCUGCGACGCGUGCGGCGGCGACUUGCACGACGUCGUCGUCCAAUUCGGCGAGCACCUGGACGACGAGACGCUUAAAACCGCCAUCGCCGCGUCCGAGGCGUCGCCCCUCGCCCUCGUGUGCGGGACGUCGCUCAAGGUACCCCCCGCGAGCACGCUGCCACGGCGAAGCGGCGCGCUCGUCGUCUGUAACCUGCAGUGGACCAGCCAGGACAAGCACGCCGCGCUCAAGAUUCACGCGAGGUGCGACGACGUCAUGCUCGCCGUGUGCGGGCACCUCGGAAUCGACGUGCCCGAGUACGACCCGAGCAGG